AUGAGUUUAUCUAUAUGGAACAACUUUAGGGGUUUGUCCAUCCUACUCACCCGAGCCAUGUGUGUCAAUUGAGAAAAUCAUUGUAUGGGCUCAAAUAGGCACCACGCAAAUGAUUUCGUAAGUUCACCCGUCAGCUCUAUCAUCUCGACUUCACGAGAUCUAAAACAGACACCUCACUAUUCUUCUCACACUCUAGCCCCAUUCUCAUAUAUUCUAUACAUUCUCAUAUAUGUCAAUGAUAUUAUGAUGCUUGGACCUUCUAUAUCUCAAAUUGAGAAUCUCAUCAACUCUCUUAGUUUGCAUUUCUUUCUCAAAGAUCUGGGCAUUACUUCACAAUUUCUAGGGAUUGAAUUCUAGCCACAUAAAGAUGGCUACUUGCUUACUCAGGCAACUUACACGACUUCUAUACUCAAAAGUAUAGGUAUGGAACUUAACAAACCACUACCCACUCCAAGCCCCACAGUCUACUCUAUUUCAAAAGCCAAAACACUUGAGGAUCCAAUUGUCUAUCAAAGUGUUGUUAGUGCACUUCAAUACCUCAAUCUCAUUUGGCCAGACAUUUCAUUUGCCAUCAACAAGGCCUGCCGUUCCAUGCACUUGCUGAAAGACGCUGACUGGGUCCAUCUUAACAUCUCUUAA